GGGGCUCCAGCCAAGGUGGUUUGGCAGCUUCAGGGCUCCAGCUCUGCCCAGGGUCCAUAACGGUGCCUUUGUGCGGCGGGUGCUGCAUGAGCGACUGCCACUGCUGACUCAGGGGUUUUUCCAAGCCACUGUGGGAGCCCUGUGACCCAUCGCUGGGGGGACCCUGCGGGCUGGGAAGGGGGGAGCAAAGCAGCAAGGCAACAGGCUCCGCAGAAAGCUGCCUGCUGCCGGAGCUGGUGUUACCCUGUGGUGUGUCUGGGACAGAGGGGAUCCGCAGCUGAGCAGGACCCGAUGCCAUGGGCUCCCGGCACUUCCCCGCCCGCACCGUGCUCUUUGAGAAGGAGUCCAACGGUGUCACGUACCGUGUGCCCGCCUUGCUCUACCUGCCCUGCGUGGCCAAGCUGCUGGCGUUCGCGGAGGAGCGGCUGAGCGCGGACGAUGCCCACGCCAACCUGCUGGUGCUGCGCCGUGGCUCCAUCUAUGGCAGCUACGUGGAGUGGGAAGACAUGCGUGUGCUGGAGACGGCUACGCUGCAGCACCACCGCUCAAUGAACCCCUGCCCGCUCUAUGAUGAGUUCACCGGCACCCUCUUCCUUUUCUUCAUCACGGUGCUGGGCAGGACACCCGAAGCCUACCAGAUUGUCACUGGCCAAAACGUCACCCGCCUCUGCUGCGUCACCAGCACUGACCAGGGACUGAGCUGGAGCAAAGCCACGGACCUGACACAGCAGGUCAUUGGUGGGGCCAUCAAAGACUGGGCAACGUUCGCACUGGGCCCUGGGCACGGGAUCCAGCUGCGGUCAGGCCGGCUGCUGGUGCCUGCCUACAGCUACCACAUCGACUGCAAGGAGUGCUUCGGACAGCUCUGCAAGACCACCCCUCACUCCUUCGCCUUCUACAGCGAUGACCACGGCCAAGGCUGGCGCUUUGGGGAGUUCAUCCCCAACCUGCAAACAGGCGAGUGCCAGCUGGUCUCGGUGGAUGAGGAGGAUGGCUCCAACGUCCUCUACUGCAACGCCCGCAGCCCCCUGGGCUUCAGGGUCCAAGCACUCAGCACGGAUGAUGGGGCUGUCUUCCACGGGGGUCAGCUGGUGCAGCGGCUGGUGGAGCCCCCCCAUGGCUGUCACGGCAGCGUUGUCGGCUUCCCUGCACCUUUUGUCUAUGUCCCUGCUACCCCUCGGGACCCCGUGAUGCCCAUCCGGGGCUCAGCUUCCCAAACGCUCCCUGGGAUACUCCCUGGGAUACUCCCAGGGUUUCGGUACCUGCCUGCUGGGCGGGCUGCAGGUGAUGAGCUGUCUGCAGUGGCCACCAGCAGCCAUCAGGAGCCAGCUGAGCCUAAGGAGGGCUGUCCUAUCCCAGGGCAUCACGGCCAUGUUCAUGGCAACACCUUGGUCCAAAGGGACCCCGUGGUGACCCCCAGCCCCACUGGCUUCUUCCAAGCACCCACAUGGAUCCUCUACUCCCACCCCACCAGCUCCAUGUCACGGGUCAACAUGGGGGUUCACCUGAGCACCUUCCCCAGGGAUGUGGAGAGCUGGACUGAGCCAUGGGUCAUCUACGAGGGCCCAAGUGCUUACUCAGACCUGGCUUACAUGGAGCUGCCCUACAACGAGGCCCCCAUCGCUGGUGGCCCAGCCAUUGCCUUCGCCUGCCUCUAUGAGAACGGGACACGGUCGCCCUAUGAGCAGAUCUCCUUCAGCAUGUUCACACUGCAUGAUGUGCUCCAGAACAUCCCCCUGACAGCCACUGGUUCCCAGCGGGACAGCAGCUCCCCACACUGCAGGAAGCAGGGGAGAAGGAGCUGUCUUGUCUCUUAGUGCCCCCCAAGGUCGGCUCCUCCGAGUCCCUCAGCACCAUCCCCAGGGCACCAACCUAGAGACCAGCACACUGGGAUGCUCACAGGAUUCCUGCCUUCAGCCAUCAUGGCUGCAUCACACAGAAGGCAUGUGUUA